UUUUAGUUAUGAUCUAGUUGAAAUAAAGAAAACAACUUGUGAGCAAGCGAAUCUAUUAGCUUAAAAUUUCUUCUAGACAUACGCAAAUAUCUUAUUAUUUCGAAGAUCGACCAUUCAUUUUGCGAUGAGAACAAUUUUAACAGUUGUGUCACUUUGUGCCUUCAUAUCAACUGCUUACGGCAUUGAUUGCUACGACUGUGAAUCGCUGAAUGAUCCGCGCUGUAAUCAAUAUUUCGAUCCUGAUGGCGUCACACAAACUGAUUGCGAUGACGUGGAUAUGCCAAAAUAUUUGCAUAAAUACGAGCGCCGCAUAGCAGCUACCGGCUGUUUGACGAAGGUGCACGAAGGCUUGGAUGGCCGCCGUUACUAUAUACGUCGUAGCUGUUAUUUCGGUGAUCCAGAAAAUAUAGACGAAGCUUGUGAUACACCCGAUCCAUACGUACCCUGGGCCAAUUUGAUUUCAUGUACUGUCUGCACCGAGGAUCUUUGCAAUGUGCACGCGCCACUUAAUGGAGCUCAUCAUACAACGAAUGCUUGGCCAAAACUCACAUUGAUUGGACUGACUUUAGCAGCAAUGACUUUACACUCUAUGUAUAGACUUUCUAAUUAAAAACGCUAGCAAAAAAUAUAUAUGCUUAUAGUUAUGUAUUAAUUUAGUAAAGAAAUUCUAAGAACCAUUUUUUUCUCAUUGAGAUAGUUCUGAUUAUUUUCGAGCCAUAAAUACCUUAGUACAUUUAGAUAUAUUCAUCAUCAGCAAAAAGAAUCAUAGAAACAAAAUAUUUUAUCGACCUUCAGCUCAUUCGUUGUUUUGGAUGUAGUUGAAAAGAGCACCCGCAAUUUCAAAAGUGUGUACAUUCUAAAUGACGACUAUGUUUUGAAAUGAUUUUUUCAUAUAAUCCUUCAUCUCUGUUAUGUAAAGUUGCUUCUGAAUCGGAAGAAAUUUUAAACUCGAAUCUAGA